AUGCUGUGCUCGAUACCUUCUCCUUGCACGCCGGGGUCUGCACAGCCGGCAGCGAGCGGAAUCAACGUCACCACGCUCUACGGGAUGUGGUGUGCACUUGGGCAGACCGGGCUGGCCUGCAGCCGGAGACGGAGCGACCUGGUCUACUUCUCCCACAGCGCCCUGAAGAAAUUGGCGUUGCUCGUCGGAGGAGCUGCAGCUGCAGCCUAUUCAGCUGUGAAAAUGGCUCACUUGGACACAGCUUUGUGCUGCCAGCAGCAAGGGUUUGCUUAUGUCCCCCUGGUGGCUGCGACGACAGGUGCUUGGGAUCCUGCAGCGGCAAAGGUUUUGCAGAUCAUUGCCCGUGCGGUUGCGGCCCGGGAACAAGUCGAGGCUGCGGCAUUCUUUUCUGAGAUGUUGCAAGAAACUUCGGUGUUGAUCCGCAGCUUCCGCGGAAGGGCUGCCUUGCAGCGACGUGCUGAUACUGCUUUGGCGGAAGCCCCUUCUCAUGCUGCCUCCGCGGCAGCUGUGGUCCUGCAGUCUUGA